AUGACAACUACACCCACUUUCACCCUGAACCAUCCACAGCUCGGCAGACUCACUGGACGCCUGAUUGAUCACCAGCAUGCUGAUGGACAGCCUGUGACUGAGCCUGUCGUGCAUUUCCGUUCCAUCCCCUAUGCCACCAUCCCAGCACGUUUCAGUCAGAGCGUCCUGCUCGAUCAUAUCCCGGACCACUUUGAUGAUCGUCCUCAUGCCAACUUUACACAGUAUGGUGCUGCGUGUCCGCAAGUGCCACAGCCCACAGGCAUAGGUGGCGCGACAGGAGGGUUCGUGCCUGGUGAGGAGCCCGUCACCUAUGAUGAGCAAGCCUGUCUCAACUUGACUAUUUCUGCACCUGUGAAGAAUGUUCUUGAUGAGACUGGCCCAUCACUACCCAAAAGGCUCCUCCCAGUUCUGGUCUAUGUGCAUGGCGGUGGCUUCAUCGAAGGCAAGGGCCAUGUCAGCGCCCUCCAUGACACAACAAAGAUGGCUGAGCUGGCAGCUCACGAGUCCAUGGAUGUGGUGAUCGUGUCGAUAGGAUAUCGGUUAAGCUGGCAGGGUUUCACCGCCUGCUACGAUCUACUCGAGGAGGCCAGGGAGAAUGGCGAGCCUGCAUUCAAUUAUGGGUUGCGAGACCAACGCACCAGCUUCCUCUGGGUCCAGAAACAUAUCGCAGGCUUUGGUGGUGACCCGGGUAAUAUCACGGCCUUCGGCGAGUCGGCUGGAGCAGCCUCACUCUUCAUGCACGCCUGUUCAGACGUGCCUCUGUUCAACCGAGUCAUCAUCCAGAGUGGUUCGCCCAGCGUCGUAGGUAUUUGGACCCUUGAUGAGAGCGAUGCAUACUAUCACCGACUGUUGUCAUAUCUGGGCAUCGAAGGAGCGACUCGUACAGAGCGGCUCAAAGCUCUCCGUGAGGUACCAGUGUCGAGCUUAAUUGACUUUAUUCGUGACAACAAUAUCAGCACGAUGAAGCCCUACCUUGGCCCAGAGAGUGAGUUAUUUGCUCAACAGCCCUUCUGGGCCACUCAAGGCGAGAUUCUGGCCAACUGCCCAUGGGUCCAGGAGAUCAUGAUUGGGGACGACUCAUGUGAAGGACUUGGACUCAUGCUACCGGUCAAGGACCUAUCUGCUAGCCAGUACAUUGCAAAAGUUCGUACCAUCCUCGGCGACGAGUCUGCCCGCCGCGUGCUCGACGCAUACGAGAUACACGAGGGUAUGGAUGACGGCCUCUUCUGGCAGAAUGCGAUGGUUAUCAUGGGAGACAUGAUCCUCUCUGAACCCACGCACUCAACCGCCGUCUCACUGGCUCACAAUGGUCAAAAGCGUUUGUAUCGCUGGCAGUUUGGUCUGCAAAACCCUUUUCCUGGCUCACCUUUCUCCUACACGACGGGACAUCAUUUUGUCGAACUCAUGUACCAAUUUAUGACACUCGCGGGGCGUCUCCCUACGCACCGUAACCAUUUCUUGCGCCGCCAAGGAGAGGAGAUGGCGCGUAGUUGGAUUCGGUUUGCUAAUGGACUGCCUCCGAUGCCUGGGGCAAAGCCAUAUGACCUUGAAGAAGGCAGCAUUAUGAUAUGUGAUAUGCUGAAGGGGUGGACUGUGCGAACAAAAGCGGAGGAUGAAGUCAUCAGCCAGCAAGAUCCGUGGGGUCCCCGACGGUACCGCCAGUGGGAAGUCUUGAGUGAGGAGUUCAAAAGAGCUGGACGGACCGAGGAUGGGGCUCGCUCGGAGAAUGAAAGGAUUGAGGCGGCGAGAAACGGGUUACUUGUCUUCGAUAUAUCGCAAAUGCGCGGAGACCAGCUAUAG